AUGUCAGGAGGCAGUGGAGCCAACAGGAACGAGUGCAGAAUAUAUGUCGGCAACUUACCUCCCGACAUCAGGACAAAGGACAUUCAAGAUCUAUUUUACAAGUUUGGCAAAGUCACAUUCGUCGAUUUGAAGAACAGAAAAGGUCCACCAUUUGCUUUUGUCGAAUUUGAAGAUCCUAGAGAUGCAGAUGAUGCUGUUAGAGCAAGAGAUGGUUAUGACUAUGAUGGAUACAGACUGCGAGUCGAAUUUCCGAGAGGGGGUGGUGGCGGUGGAGGUAGAGGAGGCAGAGGAGGGGGUGACAGAUUUGGUGGAAGACCAGCUGCUAGAGGACCACCCGCUAGAAGAUCAGAAUAUAGAGUUAUGGUUACGGGUCUACCACCAUCUGGGUCAUGGCAGGAUUUGAAAGAUCAUAUGCGUGAAGCUGGAGACGUUUGCUUCGCGGACACCUUCAAGGAUGGCUCUGGAGUUGUGGAGUUCCUUCGGCAUGAGGAUAUGAAGUAUGCAGUCAAGAAAUUAGAUGACUCCCGUUUCCGUAGCCAUGAGGGGGAAGUUUCUUACAUCCGAGUCAAAGAAGAUUAUGGGAACAAUGACCGCUACAGUGGAGACAGGGACAGGUCGCGGUCCUACUCGCCUCGACAGACCACGCCUACUGAUCGCCAAGUGUGUUCAGCUGGCGCACGGCGGACGGCGGUUUCUACGGCGACUUCUAAUCCCCUUUAA